CCUCCUCCUCUUCCUCCUGCUCGGUUUGCCGGGCAGGCUCCCGGCUGCAGCUUGCUGGCGGAGAGGCCACCUUUGUCUGCCAGUCCGACCGCCCUCCUCCUCCUCCUGCUGCCAGAGCUAUUUCGGGAAACAGCAGCUGAGCCGGAGGAUUGUUAAUUGUUCAUCAAGCCCUUCCAGCGGGGUUGGAUCACAUGCGGAGAUGAGAGCGCCUGUCACACCCCCCGCCUCCUCUGUCCCCCCUGGACCCGCCGGGCCGGGGGGCAAUGCCCCCUGUGCGGACAGACCGAUGGACACGGAGUGCCGGGCACACCGGAGCCACCGAGGUGAUGGUUCCCACGCCACGCCGAACCCUGGAUGGUGGUUUCUCAGAGGUGGAAGAUGGAGGGUCCCUGCUGCAAGCCCUGAAGCACCUCCUGGCUUUCCCAGAACAGGACCUGCACACAACAUUUUUGUAUGCUUUACCUGGAGCUGUGUCUGGAGAUGGUGGGUUGCCCCUUGUGUCCCCCAGCCACCAAGCUGGCCUUGCCAUCGUGUUUCACAGCUUCAGCAAAAGAGAGGUUUCAGUUCCCAAAGCUCCGUCGUGGUCCCCAUCACUUCUGGUGGUUCUGGGUCCUCCCCCACUCUCCCUUACAGCCCUUCCUCCUUUAACCUGGGGUUUCUCUGAGUUCCAAAGCUGGACCCCUGAGGCAGAUCUCCACCUGGCAGCUUCUGAUCAAGACUGGGGCAGGUUUUCUUGGAAGUAUUCAGAGGUGCAUUUCUCCCUGUACCCAACACCAGUUCCCCCUCUGACACCACAAGAUGCCAGAGCGGUGCAAGCACCAGGGAACCAUCCGUGCAGGACAGGGGAUGCUCUUGGGUCGGGUUGGGUUUCCCUCCUCCUCCCAGCAAUGUUUCACUUGUUUGGGUGGAAAUUCCCAUUUCCACCUGUCGUUCUGACCGAGCCAAUGCGGGGUGCGGCGGAUCUGGGGUGCUGUCCCACAGACACCAUUGGGGUGGUGGGGCCCACCAGCCGCCCCUCUCUGGCGUUGCCGCUUUAA